GAACGGAGCGGUGUCGUGAAAAUGGCGGACGGUUCAAUGUCGCCUCGAUAAUAGCAGUGUAAAAUGAUUACACAAAUUACUCGUGAAUUUUAUGUGAAAAUGUAAUAGAGAUGAAUUAAACCCUUUUGUGUAGUGUUGUUGUAGUGAUUUGCACAAUGUGUCGGACAGGGAUAUGCCGGUUUGGUAUCGGUAACUGGAUUUUCUUAGUCGCCUGUUUCCAUUUGUUUACAUACGCUAGAGGUGGCGAUGAGCUCAAACCGGACCCGGGCGUUCGCUUCACGACGGAGCCGGCGGACCUGGUGGCGCUGGAGGGGGAGCCGGCGCUGCUGCCGUGCGCCGCCGCCGCCGCGCGCGCCGUGCGCCUCUCCUGGCGGCACAGCGCGCGCGGCGUGCUCACGCGCGACCACACCAUCACCAUCAGCGACCUGUACAGGCGGCAGCUAGCGAACGGGUCGCUAGUGAUCGAAAAGAUGUCGGCGUCGCUGGCGGGGCAGUACCAGUGCGUGGCGGCCGUGGACGGCGUCGGCACCAUCGUGUCCAAGACGGCCACCGUGUUCCUAGCCGAGCUGCCGACCAUCGCGCCAGGCCCGCGCUGGGUGUCGGGCCCGGCUGGCGGUGCCUUACUGCUGGCGUGCGCAGUCAGCGCGCCGCCGCGACUCGCUCUACGGAUCCAGCCGGCUGCUGAACCGCCUGAUAGAAGAGUGUAUGGCGCUGCCAGGCUGCAACAUCAGCCGCCCACGCUUCUUUUGAACGUGACGUGGCUCCGAAACGGCGCUCCGGUGGUGCUAGAAGCAGGUCGCGUGGCCGUAUCUGGCAGCGGGGCGUUGGAGUUAGAUCCAUUACGACCGCGCGACGCCGCCACCUACCGCUGCCGCGUCAGCCUGGCGCGCCGUCCGCACCACUACAUGUCCUUGAAGCAGGCCGCGUGGCCGUAUCAGGCAGCGGGGCGUUGGAGUUGGAUGCACUACGACCGCGCGACGCCGCCACCUACCGCUGCCGUGUUAGCCUGGCGCGCCGUCCGCACCACUACGUGUGAGUACAGGGGACGAGGGUACACAGCCUGGCCAGGGGACGAGGGUACACAGUUGGCUAGGGGACGUAACUACACACUCCGCAACGGCGCUCCAGUAGUGCUAGAAGCAGGUCGCGUGGCCGUGUCAGGCAGCGGGGCGUUGGAGCUGGAUCUGCUACGACCGCGCGACGCCGCCACCUACCGCUGUCGUGUCAGCCUGGCGCGCCGUCCGCACCACUACGUCACGGGGCCGGAGCUGGAGGUGCGCGUGGAGGCGGAGGCGGGCAGCGAGCAGCCGCCGCGCUUCGUGGCCACGCCGCGCGAGCUCACCGUGCUCGAGGGUUCGUCGGUAACAUUCGACUGCGCGGCGGUAGGCAGCCCCAAGCCUGAGAUGACGUGGCUUAACAACGGCGUGGAAAUUGAUCUCAGCGACCUGGACUCCCGCUUCUACCGCUGGGGCUGCGGCUCGCUACGCGUGCAGUCGGCGCGUGCGCUCGACGCCGGCGCCUACACCUGCCGCGCGCACUCGCGCCUCGACUCCGCCGACCACACCGCGCUGCUGCACGUGCAGACGUACCCCCGCGUGCAACUACCAGGCGGAUCAGUAGUUUCUGCGCGCGCGCGUGGUUCCGCUACAUUAGCGUGUUCAGUGCGCGGACGGCCUGCGCCUGACGUCACGUGGCUCAAGGACGGCGAGCCGCUGUCUCUGAAUAGACACGAUAUUACGCUGGUUGACGGCACGUCGCUGCACAUUCAAGGCGUGUUAGCGGUGGACGCGGGAAUGUUCCAAUGCGUCGCGACCUCUUCGCUCGGCCAGGCGCAGGCCAGUCUGCGGCUCGUCGUGCUACCUCCUGAUGACGGUAUCAAUUCACCAAAUUCCACAGCCGGGCUUAUAAACAGCAAAUCGUUCCUAAACUCCCUCGUGCCUACAUCGAUGACAUCACCAUCCCAUACAAAAACCUCCUUUUCCAAUUCCACCCAAGACAUUUUCAAUAGUUUGGUUUCCUCGGGGCAUUGGGGGGACCAAAGUGCAGACCCUACGCCCGAAGACUUGGACUUCCUCGGAGAAACAUCAUCAGCAUUCACUUCUGGCCCUGAACUGGAAUAUGACUAUAACUACGACGCGGAUCAAACUGACGAAAACGAUCUCGAUUCCUUUCACGCUAACGAAGGAUUGGACCUGGACCAGCUGCGGCACGCCAAUGCGACUGUGAUCUCUCCGCCGAAGAACUUAAAGGCGGUUAUCGUGAAGCACCGAUUCGUCACGCUCAGCUGGGAGGAGCCUGAUACGAAGAAUGAAGAUAUAAGCGGUUACGCCGUCAUCUAUAAAGUCAAAGGGAGUGAAAGAGAGCGCGUGUCCCGCGGCGGCGCGCGCCACGAGAUGAAUGUAGCGGCGCUGCAGCCAAACACCACCUACACGUUCCAACUGCUGGCCUACACGCAGCACGCAUUCUCGCCGCCCACCAAGCCUCUAGAAAUAACAACGCCGGAAGAGGAGCUCUCCCACGGCGCGGUGCGUGAACUCCGCGUAGAACCGGCGUCGCCGCACGCGCUGCGGGUCUCGUGGGCGCCGCCGCCGCCGCCGCCCGCCGGCGCGCCGCCAGACAAGUACCAGAUUACUUAUACAGAGGUGGACAGCAACCGCGAGCAAACCAUGUGGGUGGACGCUCCUUCAGACCCGGCGGCGCCGGUCAACGCCACCCUCGCCGGCCUGCGCGCCGCCGCCGCCUACACCGUGCGCGUCGCGGCCGCCGGCGGCGCGCCGACUGAGAGGCAAGCCCGGACGCCCAGUGCCGCGCCCGCCGCGCCGCCUGCGGGACUUACUGCUGUGCCUACCGGGGCUACGGCCGUUAAAAACACACACUUAACACCCUCGCCGGCCUGCGCGCCGCCGCCUACACCGUGCGCGUCGCGGCCGCCGGCGGCGCGCCGACUGAGAGGCGAGGAGCGAGGACGCCCAUCGCCGCGCCUCCUGCUGGGCUUACUGCUGUGCCUACUGGGGCUACGAUACAGCUGCGUAUACACUAGAGACGAACUUACAUCAGGGUCCGGCGUGCCGCAGAUUGAGGUCCAUUGGCUCUCGGUCGCCGCUCGACCCGAGGCUGCCUCUAGUGGAUACGCAGCCUACCAAUUGCCCGAGGGGGGCUCUGGAGAAGCGGUAUCGAUCCUAGUCCGCUGGGAGGCGCCACCGGCCAAGACGCACCACGGAGCGCUAACUGGCUACAAGAUUCGCUACCGGGCCGUUGCGCCCGAGUCCGCCGCGCCGACUGCCCGCCGGAAGGCCGACUCGCUCACCACGCCCGCCGACGCCCGGCGCGCCGAGCUGAGGGCGCUGCAGACCGCCACCACCUACCAGAUCCGCGUGUGCGCCAUCAACGUGAACGGCUCGGGCCCGUUCAGCGAGUGGGUGACGGCCACCACGCAGCGCCAGGAGCUCGACGAGACGCGCGUGCCGCCGCAGCCGCCGCCGCUCACCAUAGCGCGCGCGGGCCGCGACUGGAUCUCGGUGUGGUGGGCGGAGGGCGGCGGCUGUUCUAUGACUGUUGUCCACUGGAAAACGUGCUCAAAACGUGAUAAAAGUGAGAGAAAGCCGCUCACCGAUCCAAAAGCGUACCGUCCGAUCACGCUUCUGUCCGUCCUUGGGAAGUUACUCGAACGUGUCAUGCUGUGGUGUGCGCCGCAGAUAUCCAGUGGCAUUUCGGACUGUCAGCAUGGGUUCUCUCCGGGUAAGUCCACGGUCUCGGCACUUGACGCCGUCAUAGGUACCGGCAGGACGUCCACAGCGCGCUAUGUCCAAGCGAUCUUCCUUGACAUUUCUGGUGCGUUCGACAAUGCUUGGUGGCCCAUGAUCAUGGUCAAGGUGAAAAGGGGAGGAUGCCCGCCUAACAUCUACAAGAUGUUGGCGAGCUACUUCUCUGGACACCGGGUUGGCCUGAUCGCGGGUAGCCGGGUGUUGUGGAAGGUCUCCACCAUGGGGUGUCCGCAGGGAUCCGUGCUCGGACCAACACUGUGGAACGUCCUGAUGGACGACUUGCUGCGAUUGCCAUUGCCAGGGGGGGUUAGCAUGGUGGCUUACGCCGACGACGUCACCAUUUUGAUCGAGGCAAACUCGAGGGCUGCCAUAGAAGCAGCGGCCGCCGAGACCCUAAGUCUGGUGACCGACUGGGGCGUCCGUAACAGACUGGGCUUUUCCCCUGCCAAGUCAUCCACGAUGACGAUCAGGGGAAAACUCCAGAGACCCCCAGUCAUUCGCUUCGGAGGUGCGUCGAUCCGUUCAGUGAACGUCGCAACCGUGCUCGGCGUGGCAAUCGACAGCAGUCUCCUGUUCUCGAUGCAUGCGCAAGGGAUCGUAGAUCGCGCGGCCAAAUGCUUCGGGAAGAUGUCGCGUGUGUCGGCGUCUUCCUGGGGCAUUCGUUACCCAGGCCUUCGCAUUUUGUACCAGGGCACUUUUGUUGCAACCCUUGCGUAUGCAGCGGCAUGCUGGUACGAGCGCCUCUCGGUGCAGUCCAUGCGCACCACUAUUCUCCGGGGGCAGCGGCCUGCACUGGUGCUACUGACCAAAGCUUAUCGGUCGGUCAGCACAGCCGCGCUCCCGGUGCUUGCUGGCGUAUUACCCGCGGACUUGGAGGUUUCCCGCGCUGGCAUGACGGACGUGGCCCGCAGGGACACGCCCAGGGACGCGAUGGGCAGACGGAAACGAGAAAUUUUGGAGUCGGUGCUGGAUACUUGGCAGACCAGAUGGGAGGGGGAGACGAAGGGUCGCGAGCUCUUUCAAUUCUUCCCCGACGUGGCUGGGAGACUCGGCAUGCGCUGGGUCGUACCAGAUUAUGUUACUUCCCAGAUACUUACGGGGCAUGGGUGCUUUAACAAGCGCCUGUGCGAUAUGCGUCUCCGGACCGCCGCGGAAUGCGAAUGUGGGGAACGUGAAGAGGACAGGCACCACGUUCUGUGGUCCUGCCCUUUGUACGAAGACUUACGCCAAGCUCUGCUUCAGGGAAUCGUGCUCGAGAGACCCGGACCUGCCUGGUACUCCGAUCUCGUCUCUUCGGAGGCGAACUUCGCCCGGCUGCGCGAAUUUGCGUACGGCUGGCAUAGGAGGAGGACCGCUAGCGCUGCACGGCACCAGAUGGUGUCAUCCGUGCUGUCGCGCGCGGGCCGCGACUGGAUCUCGGUGUGGUGGGCGGAGGGCGGCGGCGGCGGCGUGGCGGUGCGCGGCUGGUGGCUGGGCUGGGGCGCGGGCGUGCCCGACGACCACUCGCGCGAGUUGCCGGCACAUCUACACUCCCACGUCAUACGCGAGCUCGAAUCCAACGCAGAAUACGUGAUCUCUCUCCGUGGCAGCAACGCGCUAGGCCUGGGGCCAGCGGUAUACGCGACCGUACGCACGCGCGCGCCGCCCGAGGGGCAGGACGAGGACGACGACGAGGCGGACGACGAGGACGAGGACGACGAGCCCGACCCGCCCGACCUGCUGCCGCCUGUGGGACUCAAGGUGAUAAUGUUGAGUGGAACUACGGCUGUUGUAUACUGGACGGACCCCACAUUACCUAAAGGACAGACAGCGACGGACGGGCGCCGCUACGUGGUCCGCUGGGCGGCGGCGGGCGCGGGCGCGGGCGCGGGCCGCGCGCGCACCUACAACGCCUCUGAUCUGAACUGCAUGCUGGACGACCUCCGCCCGAAUACGCACUACGAGUUCGCCGUCAAGCUCAUCAAAGGCGGGCGCGAAUCACAGUGGUCGAUGAUCGUCUCCAACACGACAUUGGAAGCGGUCCCGUCGUCUCCACCGCGGGACCUGCGCGUGUCGGCCGCCGCGCCGCCCGCGCGCGCCGUCGAGCUCGCCUGGGCGCCGCCCGCCCGCCCCAACGGAAUCAUCACCGGCUACGUAGUGAUGUACGCAGUGGCCCGCGGCGGCGGCGCCGAGGAAUGGACGGCGGUCAGCGUGGCGGGGACCGCCGGGCGCGCGCGCGUGGAGCGGCUGCGGCCGCGCACCGCCUACCAGUUCAAGGUGCAGGCGCGCAACAGCCGCGGCCUCGGGCCCGCCUCGCCGCCCGUGGGCCACACCACUGCCGCCGAGGCGGGCGGCGGCGGGGGCCUGGCGAGCGCGACGUCGGCGUGGCUGUGGGCGUCGGCGGGCGGCGCGUGUGCGGUCCUGGCCCUCGCCGCCGCGCUCGCGCUGUCGCUGUGCUGCCGCCGCAGCCGCCCGCCGCUCUCGCCGCACACCAGCACGUACCAGAAGUCGUCUGCGUCGGCGGGCAUCAAGCCGCCCGACCUGUGGAUCCACCACGACCAGAUGGAGCUCAAGCACCUCGACAAGAGCCUGCACAGCUCCGCCAGUAAGAUAUCAGCGGGCAGCGUGGACGCGCCGAACCUCGCGUCAUCAACACUAACGCUGCCGCGCGGCGCGCCGCCCGCCGACUACGAGCCGGCGCGAAUGCAGCCGCCGCCCGCCUCGCUCGACUCCAGACACUACGUGCCCACUUAUGUCGGCGGCGGCACGUGUCCUUUAGGCGCGGCGUGUGGCGCGCCUCCUUCCACUGGAGGAGAUAUUUACGCGUGCGCGGCGCGUGAGAGAGGACACUAUGUUGCCUACGAACCGCUCGGCCACUAUACGCACCGCGACUCGCUAAGCAGCGACGUGGGCGCGGGCGCGUCGAGCACGCUGCCGCACUCGGCGGGCCCGGCUGGCUCUAUGGGCGCGGGCGGCUCGCUGCAGAGACACGCGCGCGCCGUGCACAGCUUCCUGGACGGCUCGGAGCACUCCACGCCGGCGCACUCGCGAGGGCGGGCGCUGUGCGCGGGCGGCUCGCUGCAGAGACACGCGCGCGCGGUGCACAGCUUCCUGGACGGCUCGGAGCACUCCACGCCGGCGCACUCGCGAGGGCGGGCGCUGUGCGCGGGCGGCUCGCUGCAGAGACACGCGCGCGCGGUGCACAGCUUCCUGGACGGCUCGGAGCACUCCACGCCGGCGCACUCGCGAGGGCGGGCGCUGUGCGCGGGCGGCUCGCUGCAGAGACACGCGCGCGCGGUGCACAGCUUCCUGGACGGCUCGGAGCACUCCACGCCGGCGCACUCGCGAGGGCGGGCGCUGUGCGCGGGCGGCUCGCUGCAGAGACACGCGCGCGCGGUGCACAGCUUCCUGGACGGCUCGGAGCACUCCACGCCGGCGCACUCGCGAGGGCGGGCGCUGUGCGCGGGCGGCUCGCUGCAGAGACACGCGCGCGCGGUGCACAGCUUCCUGGACGGUGAGGAGCACUCCACGCCGGCGCACUCGCGAGCGGGCAGCGCGCGCGAGACGUCGCCGUACAAGAAGAGUGCCAGUUCAUCGCCUGGACAUCUUCCUAACCGCCUGCAGCUCGGCGGGGCAGUAGCUCACUGCAGCUCGGAGUUAGAGCCGCUGACGCCGUCGCGCUCGACGGAGCGGCUGCAGCGCGAGAUGCAGAACCUCGAGGGGCUCAUGAAGGACCUCUCCGCCAUCACGCAGCAACAGUUCCACUGCUAGCGCAAGGAGUACCGCCACUAGGCCACACGGCGGACUUAGGCA